CGUCACAGCAAUCCUAGGAGAAGAGCGCGUGACGUGAGCCGAGCUGCAGGCAGGCGGCCAGAUAGGCUGUGAGGAAGCGGCAGAGCGACGCAGAGUUGCGGCCGGCGAGUCUGGCUCCUGUCAGCGCUCGACAAUAGGUGGCAAACGCAGCGGGUGCAGCUCUGUAUGAGGCGCCUUUUAGGAAAAAAAUCGUCAUAGCUCUGGCCCCGGCACGCCGUGCACCUGCACCCGAGUCGGUUUCGAGAGCACGGCCGAGUAGAGAUUCCGAAUGGAUGAGGCAGCAGAGCCAAGCCCUGUGGAGAGGAGCACAGGAGGCUGCUAUGUCGGGGCAGAGGUGCUGGAGGAAGACGAGGACGAAGCACAGUGGCUGGAAGGCAGUGGCUCAGAUACUGCAAGUACGAAGGUUUAUGUUGCUGAGAUGCCUUCAUCUUCAGGGCAGCAGGUUGGUGCUCCGGGAAAAAAGAUUGGCCAUCGUGGAGUAGAUGCCUCUGGAGAGACCACUUACAAAAAGACCACUUCUUCAGCACUGAAAGGUGCUAUUCAGCUUGGGAUUGGGUACACUGUGGGUAAUCUCACUUCUAAACCAGAGAGGGAUGUGCUGAUGCAGGACUUCUACGUGGUAGAAAGCAUUUUUUUCCCUAGUGAAGGCAGUAACCUGACACCAGCACAUCACUUUCCUGACUUCCGCUUCAAGACUUAUGCUCCUGUGGCCUUCCGUUAUUUCAGAGAGCUUUUUGGCAUCCGGCCUGAUGAUUAUCUGUAUUCUUUAUGCAAUGAACCCUUGAUUGAGCUGUCCAAUCCAGGAGCCAGUGGGUCCUUGUUCUAUGUCACCAAAGAUGAUGAAUUCAUCAUCAAGACUGUGAUGCAUAAGGAGGCAGAAUUUCUGCAAAAGUUGCUACCUGGUUACUACAUGAACCUAAAUCAGAAUCCUCGCACCCUGUUACCCAAGUUCUAUGGCCUCUACUGUGUUCAGUCAGGUGGUAAAAACAUUCGGAUGGUUGUAAUGAACAAUGUCUUGCCCCGAGUGGUCCGCAUGCACCUUAAGUAUGACCUUAAAGGUUCCACCUACAAGCGAAGAGCCUCCAAGAAAGAGCGUGAAAAGUCCAGUCCCACUUUCAAGGACUUGGACUUCAUGCAAGACUUGCAGGAUGGUCUCAUGCUGGAUACAGACACCUACAAUGCACUGGUCAAAACACUUCAAAGGGAUUGCCUGGUGCUGGAAAGCUUUAAAAUCAUGGACUACAGUCUUUUGCUUGGUGUUCACAACCUGGACCAGUCUGAAAGAGAGCGUCAGACAGAGGGAUCCCAGAGCACAAGUGAUGAAAAGAGACCCAUGGGUCAGAAGGCCCUGUAUUCAACAGCCAUGGAAUCUAUUCAGGGUGGUGUUGCCCGAGGAGAAAGCAUUGACACUGAUGACACGAUGGGUGGAAUACCUGCUGUAAAUGGGAAAGGGGAGCGUCUCCUGCUCUACAUUGGAAUCAUUGAUAUCCUGCAGUCAUACAGGUUAAUCAAGAAGUUGGAACAUACAUGGAAGGCCCUAGUUCAUGAUGGGGAUACUGUGUCAGUACACAGACCCAGUUUCUAUGCAGAACGCUUUUUCAAGUUCAUGAGCAACACUGUUUUUAGGAAGAAUUCUUCUUUGAAAUCCUCGCCUUCAAAAAAAGGACGGGUUGCGCUUACUGUGCCCAAGUAUUCUGGACCAGGUGCUGCAUUUUCUGCCAGCCAGUUGCCCUCGGAAAAGGAUGAAAACAUUUAUGACCUGAGAGGCGCUAAGAGCUUUCCCACACUUGAAGAUGAAGGACGGCCAGAUUUACUGCCUUGUACACCUCCAUCAUUUGAGGAAGCUACAACUGCAUCCAUAGCAACAACAUUGUCCUCAACGUCACUGUCAAUUCCAGAGAGGUCACCAUCAGAUACUUCUGAACACCCACGGUAUAGGAGACAUACACACUCAUCAGGUCAGGAUGUAAGAUCUCAUGAUGACGAGCUGCAGCAGAUCACUGUGGAAGUGGAAGUGAAACAACAUGACAACGAGGUGGCUGCCAUUCCUGACAUGUCACCAGAAAAAAGUGAUACAGCAUCUGCAUCUGCCUCUGUCCCACCAAGUCCUAAAGUGACUGUAGAGCUGGACUCUGCCAGCCAGGUGUCAGAGACAGUUAGUCAUGAAUCUGAAGAGGAAGUGCCCGUCACAGACCUUUAUUUUCCUCCGGAGGAGAGGACUUGGAUUUAUUCUCCUCUUCACUAUAGCUCUCAAGCACACUCCGUUUCAGACGGGGAGGAUGAAACAGUAAGUCUGAUCUGACCUUUCUGUGUACCAGAAUAAAUUAAAAGAAAUUAACAAUAUUUUGAUGCAAAAUAUAUCUCCUCCCUGGUUUGGGGCACCAUGUGGAAGUGAGUUCUGUUCUUCCAGCACACCCCACAAUUAGCCAGUGGUCUGUGGACUUGGAAUUUUUCUUGGAUAUUCUUUCCUACCCCCAUUUUUGGUACCAGUUCAUUUCAAAUGGGUGGGUAAUGGGAGUGAUACAGUAGUUGCGCAUGUGCAAGUGGGUAAAUUGUUAAUAAAGGAAAAAAAAUAGCCCAGCUCCUUGCCUGACAUCAUUUCUUUUGAUUUUUUUUUUCCUUUGCAGUAAUUCCUAUGCAGACUUCAGGGUGAUUUGUGAACAGGAAGCAUCUUAACUGGAUGUUGAUCUGCUUGGUUGGAACUGAAAUCCUUAUCCCAAAGGCUUCCAACAGAAAUGGGGAAGUACAUAUUUGAAAACAAAUAAGGACUUUGUCCCAUUUCUAGCAAGCAUCUUUUCUUUCUUUGUUCCUGGGAAAACACACAAACACACACACACACACACAAAUAUAUAUAUAUAUAUAUAUAUAUAUAUAUAUAUAUAUAUAUAUAUAUAUAUAUAUAUAUAUAUAUAUAAAACAAAUUAGUUUGUAAAUAGGCUGAAGACUGGUGUUCCAUCAUGACACCCCUUCCCCCCAAAAAACAUUUAAAAAGCCAAUAAGUAUAUGUAUAUCUGUAUCACUUGAGACAUUUCAUAAGCUUCACUGGAGUUACUACUUUGUGUGAGUUCCAGUUUGUUUUUUAAUGCUGUGAAUUUUUUUUUUUUUAUACUUCUAUCUAAACCAAUGCCAUGUUGGCCUAUGCAUUCCUCCUUCUGCUCCACCAGUCCUUUAAAAGAUGGAUGUAGGUUUGAUGGGUAUGGUCAUGGAUUUGUUAUGCUUCUUUUUAAUUUUUUUCCCUCUCAUUAUCACAAUUCUGGUACCACCAUUAAGAGUGACUAAGUUGUCGUAAUGUGGGGUGGGAGUGUCUUACAGUUCUUAUUCACCAGAUGAAUAUAUAUGAUUGGGUGGUAUGAGACAAUAGUGUUUCAGGCGUGUUAAAUUUGGCUUUGGGGUUGGAGUCUAUGGCUUGUAAAAACUGCUGCAUGCAAUGUUUUCAGCCUGAGAGUGAGGGUGGAGUUAGGAGAACUGGAAAUGAGUGUCUGAGUGUGGGAGUUAGUGGUGACCAUAUACUACUAGGUAAAGCCUUGAAGCUAACGGCUAAGUGAGGCAUAGGCCAAAUCUGACUGUUCUUCUUGUCAGUAUGCACAUGUCUCGUUAACUAUUCUCUUAAUAGCCCUUUUAACAUUUGUCUAUGCUUAGUUUUAUCUUGUUAAAUUGUGAAACUCCCCUCUUUUAUGCAACCAUGUUUAAUGGGGAGAAUCUGUAGAAGUUAUCAUGGAUCUGAUUUUCAAGCAAACAUGCACACACAUACACACACACACUACAUUGUACAAUGUCUCUGCUUUUAUAAUGGGGGGGUAUAUGUAUUCCUUUUUAUUUUACAGUGUUUUUCUAAAUUCAUGAUAUAGUGUUAAUCAUGUGUUUUUCUACAUUUUAUUGAGAUUAUUAUGGAGAGGGGUUAUAGGAUAUGCUGCUAACGCAGGGCAGUGUGUUCAGGCUACUUCUCGUGUCUCUUAGGUCCAGGUCAUUUGAAUCAAUGGCGUUUUUUUUUUUCCUGUUUCUGUAAGUGCCCCAAUGCUUACAUCCUGGCUGAGAUUUUAUCUUUUCUAAUGUUUGGCCAGAUCUCAUUCAUCUUUUACAUUCCUCUAUAUUCACAUUUUUCUAUUUUAGGAGAAAGUUGUUGCUAUACAUUGUCAUUUUACAUCUAUGUGAACAGCUACUAAUGGGACCAAAAACAUCCCUCCCAUCUGGGCAAUUAUGCCCAAGCCAGCAUGGAGGUGGUGCAUUUCUUCAUGUUCAUGCCUUUAAAGAAACAGUUUUGUUUAUUCCUAGUGUAAGAAACUUCAGUUAUGGUAUAAUAUAUAAUAUGUUACUAAACCAUUAGAUAUGCAAGACACUUCACAUGAGAAGAUAUUUAGUAUAUUUUAUGAUACUGCUGUUAUCCUAACAAAGAGAAAUAAAAAAAUGGUUUUGGAGCAGGUAUAAUUGUAUACCUAAACACAAACAAAUGUAGUAGGCGAAAAGAGUUUGUUACUUUAUUGGGCAUUUUUCCUCCUUGUUUGAACUCUGUUAAUUUUUCCAUACACUAUAUAUCUCCUCUAAAGUGAAGUAAAUAAACCACAGUACACAUUUUUUUUCAUUGUCCCCCUGUCAAAUUUACAGCUGUCUGAGCUUGUUCUUAUGACAUGGACAUCCCAAGAGGCCAGCCGUGCUUGUGUCAGUGCCAAUAUCCCCCUGCCCUGUCUUCCCAUAUGCUGACCACUAUAAAACAGGACAAGUACACUUGUACAGAGCCUUUUACCAAUCGAACCACCUCCUGAUCCUCCAGUCCACACAUUCCUCAGCUGCAGUGGUCCUUCAUUCUAGUGCCCAAAGGAAGGAGGGCUGAACACAUCAAAUUCAGAAAUCGAAAAGGACUCCACAUUUCUGUUAAAUGGCUUUUCUGGUUCCAUUGUGGUUAAUUUCCAACACAGUUUUUAACUAUAGACAUUUGUCUGUAUUUUUUGUUUAGUUGUUUACUGCAAAAAAAUCAAGUCUGCAUUUUAGACAUGUGCUUUUCAGUCUUAAGAUAUUAAAAAUGAAAAACAAAACAUUAUUGGGGGGGGGCAUUAAAAAGAAGUCCUCUCUUGUAAUUUAUUUAUUUAUUUAUUUAUUUUCUCUUUUGUAUGAUGACUUUAAUAUUAAAUACAAUGUCAGCAGUGUAGGAUUUUCCCCUAUUUGAUUUUCUGUAAAUAAUUAAUCUAUCAGCCGACAGGAGAUGUAGCAGAAUAAUAGUGAAGUGGUGUUGAUGUAAAUUAUUCCCUAUUUUGUCUGUUCCUGAGAAUCCACAUGAAUUACCUGGAAGAUCAGCUUUUCUGCUGCAAGCUCCCACAUGACAUAUGUGACUUUACCUCUGUAUAAAGUGUCUGUACAUUAUCUAUUUAAAAAGACUGAGGAAAAAUAAAGUAAUAUAUAGAGAGGAA